AUGUCCGGCUUAGAGGUUCUGGGGGCCAUCACGGGUGUGUUGGGCGUGUUACCAGUUGCUGUAGACGCACUCAAAACUUAUAAAAACAUCAUAUCGUCGAUAAGGAACGCGGCGCGCGAUCUGGCAAGCUUGAUUCGAGAUCUGGAGACUGAGCAGGUCCGCUUGCAGACGACCUGUGAAGUUCUCCUCGAAGGAAUCGCGCCAUUCUCCAUGAUUGACGAUAUGACUAAAGACCCUUUUGGUGCCACUUGGGAGAAGUACAGCCACCUAUUACGCCUACGGCUUUGGGAAUCAGAGAGGGAGUUUAAAAACUAUACUCUAGACAUGCGCGACGCAGCCAUGGAAUUGAGGGAAAAGCUGUGUAUAUACGGUGAUGGCAGUUCUAGACCAACAGAUAAGCUCUCUAUCAUCAGAGAACUCAAGAAGGGAGCAUCAUUUACGUUGAAUAAGAAGGAUUACAUCGACAUUGUAUCGCGGAUCAAGAGAGGGAACCUGGCCUUGUCUGAACUUGCUAGUAAAAGCCGGGGACUCGAGCCAACCAGGCAAAAACGGUCCCAGACUCGACUGAUUAGACUCAUUCGAGGGCUUUCCAACGGGAUUUUCAACGCCAUUCGCAACGCUACAACCUGUGCCUGUGUUGCACCACAUCGAGUGUGUCUUGAACUCGCACCAAGGGAUGCAAUUUUGAUUCCCAGCGACGUCGAUGAUGUCGUUGCGCAAAGCCUCAAGUUUCACGUUGCCUUCGGCUCUGAUAUUAGUAUUGGGAACAAAGACACAGAAGAAGCCUACAAUCUUAUGAAAGGGCAAUUGAUGAAUCGUUGGAAUAACAUCUACUUCCGAUUAGGAAGUUUUGAGUGUAACAAAACACCGACUCUCUCUCCUUCGCCAAGCACCAUUACAGCAAGCACCAUUGCAGUGCCCCCCAACACCACCAAAGUCGCCAAGGUAACAGACCUCUGCCGGAUGCUCAUUGGGAAAAACAAGCAGCCAUUCCUGGAUUGCUUUGGUUACAUAGCUGAUACUCCCCGGACCUUUGGCAUAUACCCUCCAACUUUAUAUCUGGAUGGCUGUGCAAUAUUGACGCUGAGGGAGCUAUUAGAAGGGAAGCAGUCAAAGGUUGCUCGAUUCGACUAUCCGGAAAAACUAAAGGUAGCACACGCAAUCGCAGUCAAUACUCUCCAUCUUCACAGCACUCAGUGGGUUGAAGAAAGCCUGACUCUCGACAAUGUCAUCUUCUUCUUGCCCAGCAGCGACGACGACGCUGAUAUUGUAUCCUUGGCUCGCCCAUUUGUGGUCAGGAACCUCUUGACUCCGUACAACAAGCAAAUCACUUCUUCAAACACAUCGCGGCCAGUCAACCUGGCAGUCUUCUCUCUCGGAGCUCUACUCGUCCAAGUCAUGAUCGGGAGGGUGGAAAGCGCCCUAGAAAUGGCGGGGAUGAUGGACGUCCGUACGGUUCUCUCAAAGCGAGAUGCUGGGAAGCGACUGUUUGACCAACUUCUGGAGAGCGGAGGUGCCAACUAUAAGUCGGCCGUGGAAUGGUGUUUUGACAGUGUGCUUCACGUGGCUGGCUUGCAGAAUGAUAAGUGCUGCCAGCAGUUUUUCCAGGAGGUGGUGUCGAGGCUUGAAGAAGACGUUCAGCUUCUUUCUGAGAAUUAA